ACCUCUUCUCCUCUGCGGCUUUAGUGCGAUGCGUGCUUGGCGCGGGGGGUCUUCACGUUCAAAUGCUAAUCUCGCUCUCGCCGCCACAGGCAACUUCGUUCGUCCAAGCGCAAUGACCAGUACCAGCCCGGCUACUGAUGAAUGAAACGAAUCGGCCCUAGCCUGGCAUCUUUCCACACAAUCCAUCUUUUCACGUGGCAUCGGUCUGAAACCCCCGUUUACUCCGAUGGCACUCUGCAACAUCUGGGAAACGCGGCAUUGCCGUCCGGCAGCAUCUGGGCGUCCGGACGGCGAAGACUCCUUGUUCACACACACUCAGCUCUCAUCUCUUGUUUUGUCGGCUUGCUCUCGUUGGACCGAUUCCUCGGCCUGCCCCCGCUCGGUCCCCCCGGCCCAUCCAUACGCUAUCCUGGCGAGGACCCGGUCUCUGUGUGUUUCCGCCCGCUCGGGCGACGCACCGCCCUGGUCGUUGGCAUCCUCUUACGCGCUGUUCGGAUCGGCUCUCGAAAGGUGCUCUGGAUCGUCGAGGGUAGGGAAGGCCGGCGGGCCCGGGGCAAGUGGUUUGGUUGCGCCUCUCAGCAAGUCACCAAGGACAACCUGGACCAACGACGACGACCUUAUAAUCGCGAUGGUCCACGACAUCGGCAAGAGGAUCAUCAGACUGCUCUCCAGUUUUCCUUCACCAACGUGCUAUUUUCCCCUUUUCCUUUUUUUCUUUAGUCUUUUUUUGCUUUUUGCCUUUUUUGCGUUUUACUUGUGCUUUCGGGGUUACACAUUUCCGGUACAGUGUCUGCUCGUGGGGAGGUUUUGAGCUACUAUCAGGGGACGAACACCAGAUUGAACACACACGGGGACGAGGGGGGGAAGGUGAGACGACGGUGGCGGUGGCGGAAGCACAGGGUCGGCUCCAGCACGAGGCGGUAGCUCUGGGCGGAAGAAGUCGAAGCCAGUGUGGA